AUGAUAGUUUAUUUUUUGUUUUCAGUAUUGAUUGUUAUCAAUUCGGCUGAUAUUAAAUCGAGAUACAAAUCACUCAGAGAUUCGCUGGCCAGCUCGCCACCAGGUGGGGAGGCUGGCUGACCUGGGAACCACAUGGAAACCACGUCGCCCGGUUUUUUUCGCUGGCAAGGUGGCCAGGCUCUGGCUAGGUCACGGCCACAUGGCUACCACGUGGUGGCCACUUCGCCGCGUCAAAAUGAAUUUUCAUGAAAAUGACUGAAAAACUUGUGAAUUGAGGCAUUUUCGAGAAAUUUGGCUCAUUUUCUGUUUUUUCGCAGCACUUGAAACCUUAGGAAGUGAAAAAAACAGUAGAAAAUGCAGUUUUUUGAGUACAAACCACUAUCUUGCCAGCUUUCCAGAAUUUCAAACACACAGGCCACGUCGCCGGAAAACUCGAGGCGACCUGGCGGCCAUGCGGUUUCCAGGUGGCCGCAGCGAUCUGGUGGCGAGCUGGCCAGCGAAUCUCUGAGCACUUGUCAACCAUGGAAUUGCGAUAAAUAUCGAACAUCACCUUCAAGAUGCAAUACAUCAUAAAAAUCUGACUUUGGGUUCAAUUCUUGAUGAGAAAUUUGGUUUCAUUGAUUGUGAAAGAAGUUUUAAUCGAAAUGAAAUCAUCAAAAAUAUUCCGAAAAGUUUCGAAAUCGAUUAUCGAAAAUGUAAAGCUGAAGUUGCGUUUGCAAAUGUGACUGAAAUUGCUGAAACACCGAAACGAUUGAGAUUUUUGACAAAGGAGAUUUGUGAAAAUGGAAGUGGAAGUGGAAGAGUUUUCGAAAGUGAAGCGAAAAAAGUUGGAAAAUUGAAAUAUUUUCUUGUUUCGAGGAAAAUUGUGAAUUGUCGGAAAUGAAAAAAUUUAUUUUUUGUGGGGGAAUAUCGAACAUCAUCUUCAAGAUGCAUUACAUCAUAAAAAUCUAAGUUUGGGUUCAAUUCUUGAUGAGAAAUUUGGUUUCAAUGAUUGUGAAAGAAGUUUCAAUCGAAAUGAAAUUAUCAAAAAUAUUCCGAAAAGUUUCGAAAUCGAUUAUCGAAAAUGUAAAGCUGAAGUUGCGUUUGCAAAUGUGACUGAAAUUGCUGAAACACCAAAACGAUUGAGAUUUUUGACAAAGGAGAUUUGUGAAAAUGGAAGUGGAAGUGGAAGAGUUUUCGAAAGUGAAGCGAAAAAAGUUGGAAAAUUGAAAUAUUUUCUUGUUUCGAGGAAAAUUGUGAAUUGUCGGAAAUGA